CGUGGUCUGGUGGCCUUUGGACAACAUUGAUCACGGGACCCAAUCAGCAACGGCCGUGCGAUGACAUGGUUCCCGUGUACCUACCUACUUUCAUGAUUGCGUAUCUUGGCGAUCUCCUUCACCAUUCGCGAUGCCCGACAAUCUGUAGUACGAUCACCCUCCAGAGCGCUCACGAACGUUUUGCGCAGAGAACAGCCCGCUUGGUCGUCAUUGCCCAAAGCGCUGCGCUCAUAGGUCACCUGCUGUUGACGAUCCACAAACACUCCAGAUCACGCAUUAGCUUCGCAACAUUCCACACGAUGCUUCGCGCAACAAGCAUCAUACGAGCGGCCAGUGCAUCUGCUUCUUCGGCAGUAGCCCGCGGAUCGGCAGGAGCAGCGGCGCCACUGCGCACCAAGCUGUCCACAGAGAUCACUGGUCUAGAUGUGCAUCCCACCCCUCUGUCCGCUCUCAAGGAGACCUACACGAGCACUUUGAACCUGCUCUCUACUCUUCCUCCCAAUAGCGUCUACGCUCAAGCGACCAAAGCUUUGACGGAACACAGGCUCAACGUGCUACAGAGCGUCCAGAGCGGCGGCGCGACAGAGGAGGCUAUUGCUGCGUUUGAACAGCAGGUGGAUGCGGGUCAGGCCGAGGAAGUCCUGGUUCAAGCUCAGGACGAAUUGGCACUGACUACAAAGAUGAUCGAGUGGCAAGCACAUGAGCCUCUUGAAAACCCCCCGCCUGCCGGGCAAUGGGAGUACACAAGCAUCAGUCAGGAAAUUGGAGAGGGGGGUCAUCACACUUAGAUUUUGGACAUGCGUGCACCCACCCAAAUGUCGCAUUAGACCGCUGAGAUGUCCAACGAACCGUUUCUGGGCUUCGCCGACUUAGCACAUGGUCUUCAGCUUUCGGCACCUCGCAAUGUCAUCCCUUCAGGCUAUCAAAUUUUAACGUACGGCUUCUGGCGCCUGAGCAGGCGAGAUUCAGCGCUGCGCUUGCAAAGUGCGAUCCGACAAGUCAUCACACCCUCAGGGCAAGGCGAUUACUCUCAUUUUGCGUUUUGGGUAAAGUACAAAUGCUGAUGUCGG